AUGUCGUACUGGCCGCCGGCUCCAGCUCUUGCACCUGCGCCUGCGCCUGCACCGGUCAACCCGCCUGACGAGCUAGGCCCACCCCCUCCUCCGCCGCCGCCACCUGCGAUUCCCCCGGUGGUGAACCCUUAUGGGGUUCACUUCCAACCCCAGGUUCCAGGCACGGAGAGGGGUCCAAUCAUCAGUCGCUACAUCCCCCGACAUGACCCUGCCCCCGUUGCAGGCUACCCAGGGCAGCAGAUGCCCCAUUUCCUGCCAAACGGUGUCCUGAUGUCCCCCCAUCUGCCGCUCCAGCAGCCUGGUGUUUUCGCUAGUCAGAUGCAGGCCGUCGUGGUGCAGGAGCCGGUCGGCCCGCCGAUGAUGCUGCCAAACCAGUCCGUUCCCGGCGGCCCGCCGCUCAUGGUCCCAGCCCCCGCCCAAACCGUACAGUUGCCGUCGAAUGCCGUGAUUGGGAGGCUUCCCAUCAACCCUCCCGUUCACGUGGACCCCGCCAUGGGCGUUGGCUUGACGCCCAAUGAAGUCACGGCAAAGAACAUUCAAAUGGCUCGCGACAACAAAGCCUACGAGCCACAGGAGUUCCAACCCGCGGAUCCCGACCCGUAUCGGCUGUACUGGCUCCGGGAGACCAACGGGCACUGGACCCUCUUCCCUCGUCGCCAGAUCGAUCGCUUAAAUGCGCACGACUCGGAGUUCAACCACACUCUAUCCUCCCCGUAUCUUCCAGGUUACGUCUACCCACCAAGACAUACAGGAGAACCACAGCUACAGAAGCCAACCCCCAAGAUGCUUCUCAUCGGCCUGACCGGUUCCAUCGCCACGGGAAAAUCAACCGUCUCCUCCCUUCUCUCCCAGCCGCCUUACUCCCUCACCAUCAUCGACGCCGAUCUGCUCGCCCGCAAGGUAGUGGAGCCCGGCACACCCGGAUACCGAGCCAUUGUGUCCUACUUCGGGCCCUCCACUCCGGACCUCCUCGUCCCCGCCAGCGAGCCCGACAACAUGCCGGAGCACGGCCCCAGCGGGCUGGGCCGCCCGCUGAACCGGCCCGCGCUCGGCCGGCGCGUGUUUGGGGACGGCGAGCAGCGACGGAAGGACAGGGCCGUGCUCAACGGGAUCGUGCACCCCGCGGUCCGGCGGGAGAUGUUCAAGCGUGUGAUGCGCAGCUACUUGCGCGGCGAGAGGGCCGUGGUGCUGGACGUGCCGCUAUUGUUCGAGAGCCGGCUAGAUCGGUUCUGCGGGACGGUGCUCGUGGUGGCAGUGCGCGACCCGGCGGUGCAGAUGGAGCGGUUGAGGAAGAGGGAUCCGCAUCUGAGCGCGGAGGAUGCCGAGAAUCGGGUCAGGAGUCAGGGGGAUGUGAGGGAGAAGGCGAGACGGUGCGAGGCUAGGGGUGCGGGAAGCGGGGUGGUGAUUUGGAAUGAUGAGGGAAGAGAGGAAUUGGCCGCCGAGGUGACGAGGGCGAUGGAGGAGAUUGAGAGACACAGUCCGAGGUGGUGGAGUUGGUUGCUUUGGGCGUGUCCGCCGGCCGCGGUCAUUUUGGCGGCUUGGGGUUUCUGGAGGAAUACGAGAAUCAAUAAGGCCUGGCAAGAGCAGGAACUGAGGGAGAGGGCCAAGUUGUGA